CCAAUCAGAGAUCAGAGCCCACUCGAGGACGAUCAUCAGGCGGAUGCACGGAAUUGGCAAUUUUGUGGCUGGUCUCUGCAGAAUUUCGGGGUGCACCAUGAGCACUUGCAGCCGCCACUAACGGGCCAUGGCCGCCACCACCCCCAGAGCUGGGGCUCGGCCCCUGGAAGUGCCCCGGGCCCUUCAGGAGGGUGAUAAAUUCGUGCGCUGGGACGAGGACUCGGGCGUAGGGUGCCCUGUGACUCUGAGGGUGGAUCCCAAUGGUUUCUAUCUGUAUUGGACCGACCAGAAUAACGAGGUGGACAUGAUUGACCUGGUCACCGUCAGGGACACCCGAAACGGGAAGAACGCUAAAAUACCAAAGGACCCAAAGUUAAGACAGGUGGUGUGCAUGGGGUCGCAGGAACCCUUGGAGGACAAGACACUCACAGUUUGUUACGGAUCUGAUUUUGUGAACCCGAACUUUGUCAACUUUUGCUGUUCAAACAAAGAGACAGCCGAGAUGUGGGCCAAUGAAGUGGUGCGACUGGCUUACAACUUGGUGCAACUCAAUGGGCCCACUUCGAUGUUUUUGCUAAAAGCACAUACUCGGCUGACACUCAUGGCGGACAAAGCUGGCAAAAUACCUGUGAAAAACAUUUUAAAGACAUUUGCCCAGAACAAAGAAGACAGGAAGAGAGUGGAGAAAGCUUUGGAGGCGUCUGGGCUCCUCUCAGGAAAGAAUGACUUCAUUCCAGUCUCGAAAUUCCAAUAUGAAGACUUUUUUACUCUGUAUAAGAAUCUGACCCAAAGGACAGAGCUUGAGUCCAUCUUCGACUCACUUUGUGGCGGCUCAAAGCGCAAAUUGAUGGCGGCUGAACAGUUUGUGGAGUUCUUGAACAAAUCUCAACGAGACCCACGGCUCAACGAAAUACUCUACCCUUAUGCAAAUGUGGAGCGAGCCAAAGAUCUCAUCACCCAACACGAACCAAACAAAAGCAACGCCCAGAGAGGUGUUCUGAGUCUGGACGGUUUGCUGCGAUACCUGCUUAGUGAAGACAACCCGGUCGUUUCCUCAGCCAAGUCUUAUCAGUUGGACGAUAUGGACCAGCCCUUGCCUCAUUACUUUAUCAACUCUUCUCACAAUACAUACCUCACAGGCCACCAGCUGACAGGAAAGUCGUCUGUUGAGAUCUAUCGGCAGUGCCUGCUGGCAGGCUGCCGAUGCGUGGAGCUCGACUUUUGGAACGGCCGCACUGAGGAACCCGUGAUCGUUCACGGCUACACUUUUGUACCUGAGAUCUCUGCAAGGGAGGUGAUCGAGGCCAUUGCAGAGACCGCUUUCAAGACUUCCGACUACCCUGUGAUUCUGUCUUUCGAAAACCACUGCAAUACCCGCCAACAAGCUAAAAUUGCCCAAUACUGUCGUGAAUUCUUCGGGGACAUGCUACUUGAUAUACCCCUGGAUUCUUUUAAGCUGGAGCCCGGCAGCGUUUUACCGCCCCCAGCUGCAUUGAGGCGCAAGAUCAUAAUUAAGAACAAGAAAAAGCAUCACAAAAAGGGGCACGCCGCCCCAAGUGGAUUAGCAGCAGCUGCUGUCGCCUCUGCCCUUCCUGUCACGCAGCACGGGAAUGGAGAGGUACCAGCUUUGUUGAAGGACAACAGUCGAGAAAGUCGUGAUGAGGAGGAACCAAAUGAUGAAGAUGAAGAGAGCAGCUCUGAGGAGGAGGAAGAAGUUGAAAAAUUGGCUAACAAAGCACCAGACGAGAAGUCAACUCGCGAGACGGAGGCUGGCGAAGAGCUCUCUGCCCUGGUCAACUACGUACAGCCGGUUCACUUUACAUCAUUCGAAAACGCUGAAAAGAAAAAGCGAAGUUACGAAAUGAGUUCUUUUGACGAGAAGCAGGCCACAACCCUACUGAAAGAGAGGCCCAUUGAGUUUGUCAACUACAAUAAAUUCCAGCUGAGCAGAGUUUACCCUGCUGGCACCAGGUUUGACUCGUCCAACUUCAUGCCACAAGUGUUCUGGAACGCAGGCUGCCAGCUGGUGGCCCUGAACUACCAGAACCUAGAUUUGGCAAUGCAGUUAAAUCUCGGCAUCUUUGAGUACAACCAGCGUUGUGGCUACCUUCUGAAACCAGAGUACAUGCGCCGCAGAGACCGGAGGUUUGAUCCUUUUGCCGAGUCCACAGUAGAUGGCAUAAUAGCCGGCACUGUUUCAGUUCAGGUCAUUUCUGGUCAAUUCUUGACAGAUAAAAGGGUUGGCACGUACAUUGAAGUCGACAUGUUUGGUUUACCGGCUGACACAGUACGCAAGAGGUUCAAAACCAAGAUUGUACCUGUCAAUGGAAUCAAUCCGCUGUUUGAGGAAGAGCCGUUUGUGUUCAAAAAGGUGGUUCUCCCAGAGCUGGCCACUCUCCGACUGGCCGCAUAUGAAGAAUCUGGCCGGCUGAUUGGACAUCGAGUGAUACCCGUGGUCGGCCUUUGCCCUGGCUACCGCCAAGUUGGCUUGCGAAACGAGUUCAGCCAGCCCAUUGGCUUGGCCUCGGUUUUUGUUCACGUUGUUGUUAAAGAUUAUGUGCCAGAUGGCUUGUCUGACUUUGCAGAAGCCUUGGCAAAUCCGAUCAAGUAUCAGUCGGAACUUGAAAAAAGAGCCCAGCAACUGAGCGUUUUGACCGAUGAUAUGGAGGAAACUUCAGAGGUUUUGGAAGACACCUUUGGCAAAGAAAAUCCCGGAACCAAAGCCCGCCGCUCUCAGCUACAUUCCACUACGUCCUCCGAACUGCCCUCGUUCUCUGCUCCUGCAACAGGAUCUUUACCCCGAGCUUCGGUUUCGAUUAAUCAGACGGAAACUACUCAAGUGGAGGAGGCAGAAUCUGUGGAAUCGCUCUCAGAGAGCACUCCAAUCGCCAAAGGAAGUCCUGGACCAACAAAUGCUCACCCGGUGUCGGCAUCAGCCAUUGCUGAGAUUUGUGCUGAGUCGUUAGAACAGCUUAUGGAGUCUAAAGUCGUGAAGGAGAAGAAAAUGGAAUUAGAGAAGAAACUGGAAAACUUGCGCAAAAAGCACGAAAAAGAGAAAGCCAGGUUUGGAGGUCAAAAGACCACAUCAGGUGAUGCUGACAAAUCCAAGGGGAAAUUCUACAUGAGCCACAAACUAGUCAAAAGGCUCUCAAGCAAAAAUAUUGAGGUUGAAGAGCCUACUGAAAGUGACCCAGAGUCGAGAUCAAAAGGCCUAGCUCGUGAACACCUUGCUCAAGAAAAAGACCUGCAGGAGAAAUACCAUGAAACUGUCUUCUCUACUCUGGAGAAGGUCAUGAAGGCCUCUCAGGCUGCUCAGCUGAAAAUGCUGGCUACUUUGGUCGAAAGGGAAACUGCCGAGGUGAUGAAGAAACUGGAAAGCGUGCGGCGGGACGAGGUCAAGGCGUUGGCAAAAAUACACAAAGACAAGGACGAAUUGGUGCGCAUCAAAAGAGAGGUUGCCAGCAGCAUCGUCGAAAAGGGUGUCUCUGAGCGGGUGCGCCUCAAGGAGGCAUAUCGCAAAAGACAAGAGGACCUAGAGAGACAGCAUGCAGACGUCAGGGCCCGGUUUGACGAGGAGCGGUCUAAGAUGAAGAUGGCUCUAUCCAGGGAAUACGACGGACGCCUGGCCCUGAUUAGCGAAGAAGGCGGAUCUGGCACCUGAGACAUGCGUCGAAGUAGUUAUAGACAAUCAUGGAUCACUACUCUAGCAUUCCCUCGGCCUACAUUCCUUCUCGGCCUAUCCUUGUGUGUGUUCUCACUGGGUUGAACCCUUGAAUGUGAUAAUAUCAUGUGGUAGUAAUAAGUAAUGAAUGUCAUUAUUCAUCAGUGUUACCAACUAAUAAUUAAUAAAGACAUCCGAGGCAAUAUCCCAGCAAUUACGGA